AUUGACUCUUGUUUUCAGAAAAAAAUGUUUAGAAGGAAAGAAAUUAAUAUUACCAUCUUGAUCUCUUUCCUAUCCAUAAUUUCUCCAGGCUUAAGCAGAGACUCCAGGUCACAAUCUGGAGUUAUUAAUGCUGCAGCAGAGAAAAUGAAACAGCAGUUUAAAUUCUUGAUCUCCGAUAUAACAGAUAAAAUAAACCCAGCUGUGAAGGCAGUGCGGGAUGAUCUUGUAGCCACGAAUUUCCGCCAGCAGAGUUAUGGUUGGGCUCUAAUGCUUGGAGGAUAUGGAGAUUGUAUUGCUGAUGUCGUUCAAAACAAUCGAGUCUGGCCACAAGAUAUGUUGACCAUGCCCGAUGUUGUUUAUACAUAUGGAUACAAUCUUGGAUACGGGUUCGGUUUCGCUGGUCCAUAUCUACUUCCAAGCUAUCUUGCAGAUACUUCAUUUGGUUGCACUGAUUCUGAUUUUACCACUGUUGUAAACAGCUACGGGUUCUCACAAGGAUUAAACCCUAACACAAAUAUAGGACAGAUUUACAAUUUUGGAGCUGAUGCACGACAAUCCAUUCAUUGCCUGCUUCAGCAUACUGGAGGAUACUCAGAUGCUGCUGAGGGGUACAACAUCAACAACAACAAUAGCAACAACAACAACAACAACAACAACAAAAACACAAAUGAGUUAGAGCGGAAAAAUCCGAACCCAACGAUUUGUAACACUGAAAAGUCGGCCUGGUCUUGAAAAUUAAUACAAAAUUUCAGAA